AUGUUCAGCAGCAUGUCACAGUCACAGGAGUGCAGAGGCUACAAACACGGCGAUGAAACAGGUGGACUCUACGUUUUGAUGCUGCUGUCCCUUUUCCCACUGUACUACUGGUGCUUUACAAACGAAAGUACUGAGGAUGAGUUUGAAAUAUCCUUUGUUUGUCAUCGGCCUGAUGAUCUGGAAAUACUACAGGAAGAGACUGAAUUCAGCAAGAAAGAGCUGCAAUUCCUCUACAGGGCCUUUAAAAAUGAAUGUCCCAGUGGAGUGGUGACUGAGGAUGUGUUUAAAAUAAUUUACUCUCAAUUCUUCCCACAGGGAGAUUCAAGAACUUAUGCACAUUACCUAUUUGAGGCAUUUGAUACUAACAGGAAUGGCUGUUUGAGUUUUAAGGAGUUUGUUGCUGGUCUGUCACUCAUCCUUAGAGGCUCAAUAUAUGACCGGCUAAAUUGGGUAUUUAAUUUCUAUGAUCUUGAUAAGGAUGGAUUCAUCACAAGAGAGGAGAUGAUGAAGAUCAUGAAGUCGAUUUAUGAUUUGAUGGGGAAGUAUGUGUAUCCCUCCAUGCAUGAUGAUACUCCCAGAGAACAUGUGGAAAAAUUCUUUCAGAAAAUGGACAGAAACCUUGAUGGAGGGAUCACCAUUGAGGAGUUCAUGGAGUCAUGUCAAAAGGAUGCGAAUAUCAUGCGGUCAAUGCGGCUAUUUGACAGUGUCUUUUAA